AUAAUUCUAUCCGAAAACGUUUACAAGGUCCUCUUUCCUGCCACCUGGCCACUCGGCCUUCCACAAAUCCGUUUGUCGCUCUCGUGUCCACGCACAGAGGCCUGCCCUACCGCCGCAGAAGUUGUGUUACCUAGCAACGGCAACACGAGAGCAGCGGAGGCGCGGUCACGCGCCUGCGAUGGCGCCUAAGGCUGGGGUUUGGCCCCCCGUGCUGCUGCCGCUGCUGCUAGUCGGAGCCGCUUUCACCGCGCCCGUCCUCGGCGCGGGUCGCGGCCACGCCAGCUCUGCCACCAUCCGCGCAGCUGACAUCCAGCAGCAGGCGUCUAUUGCGGCUGGGGCAUCGCAGCUAGCGCCUCACGACGUAGAUGCCCAGUUACACGCUUACCUGGAGCUGGAGCGCUCCCGCGUCGGCUCCUUUCACCAGCCGCUGGAGCGACUGCGGGUGGCGGCGGUGACGGAGCAGCCCGAUCCCAAAAUCCAGAUCCACGUGGAUCGUCAGGAGCUGGCGGAUGGAUCCGGGGAGUGGUUUACCGUUACCUGGACGGGAGUGGACAGUCCUGCCUAUGACGACUGGCUGGCUGUGGUGGUGCCUGCUGACGCCGACCUGUCUGCCACCAUGCCCGCCAAGUGGAAAUUCGCGGCGGCUGACCCGCUGCACGUCAUUGCGGGCAACGGCACCACCAGGUUCCGGCUGAUCAGCUACCGGCAGCCCGUGGCCAUCUCCUUCAUGCGCCACGGCUUUGACCGCGCAGUGGAGGCCGCGCGCUCGGCGCCCAUACAGGUGCUGCGCCCCAACGAGCCGCUGCAGGUGCACCUAGCGCUCACCGGCACCGCCGGUGAGAUGCGUGUGCAGUGGAACACACGCGACGUGGGCGUGGCGCCGCAGGUGCGCUGGGGCCCUGCGUCGGUGCCGUACUCGCCGCGCCGGGCUGCGCAGGGCUGCGUGGGCAAGAAGGACAAGAAGAAGAAGAAGGACGACGACGAUGACGACGGCCCUGCCUACCCGCACACCGCCCCCGUGGACCGCUCGUUCGCGUACCAGCGGGAGGACAUGUGCGGCGGCGCCGCCAUCUCGGUGGGCUGGGUGGACGCCGGCACACACCACGUGGCCACCCUGACCGGCCUCAAGCCCGCCACCCGCUACUACUACCGCGUCGGAGACCCGCAGGGCGACGGCGGCUGGAGCAAGGAGUAUUCUUUUGUGAGUGCGCCGCCUGCCGGGCCGGCCGGCACCGUCCGUGCGCUUUUCGUGGCAGACAUGGGGCAAGCCGAGGUGGACGGGUCUCUGGAGGGCAGCCAGAUGCUUCCCUCGCUCAACACCACCAUGCUCAUGUACCGCGACACGCUGGCCUCCUACCGCGAGGCCGAGGCCAGCGGCGGCGCCGUGCCGCCGUACACGCUUCUGGUGCACAACGGCGACAUCUCCUACUCCCGCGGCUUCUCCACGCAGUGGGACAACUUCAUGCAGCAGAUCGAGCCGGUGGCGGCUGCCAUGCCGUACAUGGUCACGCCGGGUAACCACGAGCGCGACUGGCCCGGCACGGGGGACGCCUUUGUUGUGGAGGACAGCGGCGGCGAGUGCGGUAUACCCUUUGAGGCGCGCUUCCCCAUGCCCUACCCGGGCAAGGACAAGAUGUGGUACGCGUUCGAGUACGGCCCCGUAUUCUUCCUACAGUACAGCACGGAGCACCGCUUCGGACCCGGCUCGGAGCAGUACCAGUUCAUGGUCAAGACGCUGGCGUCCGUGGACCGCCGCCGGACGCCCUGGUUGGUGGUGGGCGGGCACCGCCCCAUCUACGUCGCCUCCACCAACGCCAACUGGCCCGACGGCGACCAGCCAGUGGCCCAGUCGCUGCGGGACGCAUAUGAGGACCUGUACAAGCAGUACCAGGUGGACCUGACACUGCAGGGCCACCACCACACCUACCAGCGCACCUGCGCGCUCUACCGCGGCGCCUGCCAGCCGCCGCGGCCCGACGGCAGCCAGACGGCGCCGGUGCACCUGGUGACCGGGCACGCGGGCGCGGGGCUCAGCCUGAACGUGGCGAACCCGCUGCCGCCGUGGCUGGAGCACCUGGGCCUGUGGUGGGGCUAUAUGCGAAUGGAGGCCAACGCCACCUCCAUGCGGGUUGAGAUCGUGUCGGAUGAGGACGGCCAGCUGAUGGACAGCUUCGCGCUGAGCAAGCCCGCAGACUUCGGGGAGCGCUUCAUGGCGGCAGCGGCGGCGGAGGCUGAGGCGGGCGCCAGGGGUUGAGGGCGGCAAGGGUGCAGGCGAUUGGAGUGUACGCGUGCCGCUGGAUGUGGGUUGGGCACACUGAAGUGUUCUACCUAGUACGUAGGAGCUGAGCGUGUCCAUUUUAUUGUAGUAUUGCUAUGUACGGGGUAAUGGCGUUGCCGGGGGUUGACUGGGUAGUGUCUAGCAAUGAGCGUUCAUGCCACGAUGUUGGGGUAGAGACCGUGGGUAGAGACCCGGUGCAUAAAUACAGCCGUUAUAGGCUUGCGGCGUAGGAUUGCUGCUGUGAAUUUAUUAUGUGCCGUGCUGUGCACAGACCGCAGGCUGGCGAUGGGAA